UCUGUCCUUGAUUAUCAUUACCAAAGGUCCACGACGCUCAAUCUUAUGACCAUGCCGUUACUAUGCCUCGCCAACGAACUACUGAUAUCCAUCUCAGAGAAUUUCGAGUCAGAGAAAGACAUUAACGCUUUCGCACGGACUUGCCGCCGCUUAUAUCUUCUCACGAAUGACUAUCUCUACAGGUACCACUAUCUCAAGCCUCGAGAGGAAUACGAUUUUCACCAGUGGGCCAUGGAGUGGGCGGUACAAAACGGCCGUGAAACAACGAUUCAAAAGCUUCUAGAUGGAGCAAAUUUGGGCAAUGAAUAUAUCCGGUCACGCAACGAUUUAAUGCGUCUUGCAGUGGACACCAAUCAGCAUGGAGUCGUCCAGCUCCUGCUCCAUUACGGUAUUGACAUCCAGGCGAAGGUCCGAUCACAACAUACUGCUCUACAUGUUGCCGUGGAUAGACCGGACUAUUCCGAGAAGAUGAUAAAGCUGCUUCUUGAUAAUGGCGCAGACUUUAAUUCCCCAGGAUACGGUCGGGACGAUACUCCACUGGAAAAAGCCUACUACCUAGGACAGGCUCCAGUAAUGAAAAUGUUUUUCGAGUACGGACUUGACAUUGAUUCACUGAGCGGUUACUUAGCGAGUGCUGCGUGGAAUGAUCGUUUGGAGAUUGUGAAGCUGCUGAUCGAAAACGGUGCUGAUGUAAAUGAAAACGACGGUUCAGCUCUUGAUUAUGCCGUAGGCGUUGGGAAUGAAGAGAUGGUUAAGAUGUUGCUGAGGAACGGCGCAAAAGCGAAUUUGAACCACUCCAAGGCUCUUCUACAGGCCGCAUGGAGAGGCUACUAUAAUCUUCUCAAGAUAAUUUGGGAAAGUGGAGCAACAAUCGACAAUCACAACGGGGACGUCCUGUUGUUUGCAUUAGAAGGUCAACACAUAGAAGUAGCAGAUCUGUUGAUGGAAUAUGGCGCUGUAUUGCGAAAAGAAGAUCCGGCGACCAAGGACGCACUAUGUGAUGCUGCAGCUUCCAAUCAAAAAAUUACAUUGAGAUUUCUGCUGGAGCAUGGCAUGAAUCCGAAUGAGUCUCAAGGACUACCUUUGGCAAAUGCGGCUUGCAAAGGUAAUUUAGAUAUCAUGGGACUGUUGCUAGAUUUUGGUGCCGACAUUGAUACUCGUUGCGAAGAUGGCCAUACAGCAAUUUACAAAGCCUCAAAAGACGGCCGCUUUGAAUCGGUGAGGCUGCUUCUAGACAGAGGUGCGAAAAUCAACGUAGAAGAUGAAGACUGGGAUCAUCCAAUUCAACAGGCUUGCGGGAAGAACCAGAAGGACUUAGUGAGGCUUCUACUGGAAAACGGAGUUGAUGUGAAUCACGAAGGAGGAGAAUACGGAAGUUUGCUUGCGGCAGCCAUGAUUCCUGGGGGCAAACCGUUCGUACUAGAGCUUCUCCAAAGAGGAGCCAAUGUAAACGUUAAAGGAGGAAAGCAUGGGACACCGCUCGGCUUAGCUGCAGCCGGCAGAAAACGUACGGACGUAGCGCUAGUCAGACUUCUCAUAGAUGAGUAUGAUGCGGACGUCAACGCUUGUUACGAGGGGCAGUUCACAGCAUUCCAGCAGGCUCUGAUCGGCAGCUCCGAUGGUAGCGCUCAACUACUUCUCCAAAGAGGUGCUGAUGUAAACUUGAACCAUUCGCUUUAUAACGAGGUUUUCCACCGGGCUCGAAAAUUUUACAGAAGUCGAAUCAGAAAGUUGCUCAUGGAGAAUGGUCUACGAGACGAGAUCCGCUUUAACUGUAAAUCUGAGCAGGAAGAAGCGUGGUGGGAAUGCCAUGGGCAAGAGUGUAAAUAUCAAGACUUUCGCAUGAAAAGCGCUUAACCAGUUACGGGACAACGAAUUUGGAAACAAUGCGUAUUAUACAUAAGAUUAAAAUUUAUACGCACGGUCAUAUCUCAUCAAUUGAUAGGUACUCUAGAUAGACACAGACACACAUAGGAAACUUAUAUGUAUUUGUCUAUCAUGGGCUUCGACCGCUCCUUACAUUCUUCCCUCGGCCAACAUUGAUGCGAACUAGACGACUUAACCAACAGCCCACACUAUUUUUUCGCAUACACCUUGAAGUUUCAGACCUUUAUACCAUACCCUAACCUCCUUAAGAUAAUUUUACCCCUCUUAACAUCGUCUGGCUCAUCUGGUCGAAGACCGUGAGCAACCAAGAAUGCCCGAAAAGAUUCGUACCCGGCGUCCUUGGACGCAACUUCCACAUCUUUGAUAGUCGAUUUUGGUUCUUUGUUAGGCAUUCUGAAUGCUUAUAUGGCAGACAAGAUACGCGGC